UUUUUGUUUCAGCUAUUGUGUCUUUUAAAAAGCAGGUUGAAUAACAAACAAAUUUUGAUCCAUCUGUUGAGAUGUUGAUCCGUUUACUUUGUGUUAUUCCUGGCUGGAAUGAGAAAAAUGUUCAGGUCCAGCAACAAGUUAUUGAUAUUGUCACUCACAUUGCUGCGACAGCAUCAAAGUUUCCUAAAGAUGUGUGUUGUGCUUUGCCUUUCAGGUAUCACUCAUAGAGUAGCUGACGUAAAGACUCGUGUUCAGGCCAUGAAGUGUCUUUCCACUUAUUGUGAAGAUGUGGGUCUUGGUUUUAUUUUUGAGAGGGCAUCUGCAAUUCCAAAGAAGGUUGUUAAAGUAACUUAUUCUACAUCAUCUGCGGUGACUGGCAUGGAUCGUCUUCCACGUGAAGAUAUAGUGAAAUGAUCACUCCCACUUUGUUUUAGAGAGUUCUGAUUGGAAGGUCCGCUUGGAAUCUAUUGAAAGCGUAACCAAAAUUCUAGAAGAGGUGAACAAACUUAUUCUGCUCGCUGGAACUGGUACGCUAGUCGAAAAUCUGAAAUAACUAAGGCUCAAAUUUUGUAUAUUGAGUAU